AUGAUAUUUAAGAGAAGGACCAUCAAGACUGCAAAUUGCAACAAGAGCAGACUGUUCAAAUCCAUCGAUGCUACGCCAGAGUCGAAAAGAGUUCAGGAACAAGACUUAGUACUUCAGAAAGAGGUGUUGGAAAGCUCCAUAGCAUUAGAAAGUCUUAUGAAUAAUUAUUGCAUGUGAGAGUUUGAAGUUAAUGGUCUUGACUUCUUAUUGGCCAAGUCUCGAUCUAUUUUACUACCUCUUCAACAUAAAAGGCUCUCUUCCAUUCCGGAGUGUUAUAAUAAAGAGACCAAAGUUAGCCAGGACUCUUCUAAGCAGAUGGAACUUCAUGGAAAAAUUAACAGCACCUCAGCCAUGGGUGAAAAUUUAACAGAAUCCGGAAUGAAUCACUCGAAUAUUCAGAGAAGAAAUUCCGCACACUCAAGUGCUCCUUAUGGGACAAGAAAUAAGUACUACUGCACUUAUGCUGGCUGUGAGAAGCUCUUUAGGACUACUAGAGCUCGAACCAGACAUAUAAGACUUCAUUUCAAGUUCAGACCAUAUCAGUGCCAUCUUUGCUCUAAAAAGUACACCCAAAAGGUAAACUUGAAGAAGCACUUGUUGAAGCACUCUCAGCCAGACUUAGAGGCUAGGAGAGUUUACGAGUGAAAUCAUUGCGGCAAGAAGUUCACUGAGAAAUACACAGUCACGGCUCAUCAGAGAAGAUUUCACUAAGUCGUACACAUUGGGAGAUUCAGACAGGCAUUAAUUAAUCCUCUAAAAUUUCCCAUAACUUGUUGAUUCUGGGUGGCUCUGGGCUUCUAGCAUCGACUUCUAAUCCACCAUUGUUUCAGAAUGGAGUAAACUCUUCAUUUAUUACAAUUUUCUGAUACUAAAUGGGAGCAUCUUGGAUGAACCGUUUGAAGUAUGAAUGAUCAUUUUAGAUAAUAUGAAGGACAGUGAAGAGAUACUAGAACUUGAAUUUUGGGAAUAAAAUUUGAUUACCUAUCUUAAUCUCUGAACUAAAGUCUAAGAAUCAUCCCUUUAAAGACUAAAUUUUAACAUCAACUGCUAGGGCUAGGCUAAAAUAAGAAUGAAGAGAGAACUCAAGUUACUUUUAUUACUGUAAAAAGAGUUCUUUUAGUACAUCGUCAUUGCUUUUUAGACAUCCAAAGGUUUAACAAGGCAGUGCUAAUUUAGAUAUCAUAAUACCUCCAGCUAGAUUCAAAAGCACUCACUUUUCAGAAACCUCAUAAACCAUCCAUCCAACAGUAAUGAAUCUAUUUCAUCAUACCCAACUUCUACCCCAACACCAAGACCUUCCAUAUAACCCUCCAAAAUUACCCAAAUCCAAGCUCACCUACCACCUCUAAUCCCUUAACCCCCUACACCCCCCUCUCAAGCCCCAAUUUCCCCCUCCAAUCCCCAAAAAUACCCCUUCCC